GCAGCGGGCGUGCUCCCGAGUUGCCGGGACGCGAGCUCGUGCUCGCCUUUUCAGCGGUCGCCCGUCACGCACACACUCCAAGCCCCUGAGAGUUGGUCUUCGCGCCUCGGCGCGCCCCUCCUCACCCGGCCCCUCCCACCGACCCCCGUUCCCGCUCGCUCCUGGUAGCGAGUCUGCUUCAUCCCUGGGGUCCCUGCUUGGGGGCGGAGAAGAUGGCUGGCGGACGUCUGCUGUUGGGGGGCGACUUCCUGUCGCCGCCGCCGCUGCCCCCCCUCCCGCCGCCGCCGCUGCCGCCCCUCCCGCCGCCCCCGCCCGAGCCAGUGCUGGAGCAGUGGCGCUAUAGCCACGAAAGUGACUGGCAGUGGGCUCUGCGGCGCAGCUUCAUCUGUCGGCACCUGCACAGCUAUCCCGGGGCUGCCCUAGACCAGCUCCUCGCGCUCUCCGCUGCCUGGACCAACCACGUUUUCCUGGGCUGCAGGUACAGCCCACGCUUGAUGGAAAAAAUUCUCCAAAUGGCUGAAGGUAUUGAUAUUGGGGAGAUGCCUUCAUAUGAUCUGAUGCUGUCCAAAGGGCAAAAACGUCACCUCUCAACAUGUGAUGGUCAAAGUCCUCCUAAAAAGCAAGCCGGUUCCAAAUUCCAUGUGAGACCUCGUUUUGAGCCUGUACAUUUUGUAGCUAGUAGUUCAAAAGAUGAAAGACAGGAAGAUCCUUAUGGCCCUCAAACAAAAGAGGUAAAUGAACAAACACAUUUUGCCAGCAUGCCAAGAGACAUCUACCAAGAUUAUACUCAAGACUCUUUCAGUAUACAAGAUGGAAAUUCUCAGUAUUGUGAUUCAUCAGGAUUUAUUUUCACAAAAGACCAGCCUGUAACAGCCAACAUGUAUUUUGACAGUGGAAACCCUGCCCCCAGCAGCACAUCACAGCAGGCAAACUGCCAGUCAGCUCCUGAGCCUUCACCAUCACAGACAUUUCCUGAGUCAGUGGUAGCCGAGAAGCAGUAUUUUAUUGAAAAAUUAACAGCAGCUAUCUGGAAGAACCUUUCUAAUCCAGAGAUGACUUAUGGAUGUGAUAAAAUUAAUUACACAUAUAUGUUAACUCGUUGUAUUCAGGCAUGUAAGACAAAUCCUGAAUAUAUAUACGCUCCUUUAAAAGAAAUCCCUCCUGCUGACAUCCCCAAAAAUAAAAAACUUCUAACAGAUGGUUAUGCUUGUGAAGUUAGAUGCCAAAAUAUCUACUUAACUACAGGUUAUGCUGGCAGCAAGAAUGGUUCCAGGGAUCGAGCUACUGAGCUAGCUGUAAAACUCUUGCAGAAACGUAUUGAAGUUAGGGUUGUCCGACGGAAAUUCAAGCACACGAUUGGAGAGGACCUUGUGGUGUGUCAGGUUGGCAUGCCUUCAUACGAAUUUCCUCCAGCUCUGAAACCACCAGAAGAGCUGGUGGUGCUGGCUAAAGAUGCUUCUGGGCAGCCGAUUUUUAAUGCUUCUGCCAAACACUGGACCAAUUUUAUCCUUACAGAAAAUGCAAAUGAUGCAAUUGGUAUCCUUAACAAUUCUGCCUCAUACAACAAAAUGUCUGUUGAAUACAAAUAUGAGAUGAUGCCAAAUCGUACAUGGCGUUGUCGAGUGUUUUUGCAAGAUCACUGCUUAGCUGAAGGUUAUGGAACCAAAAAAACAAGUAAACAUGCAGCUGCUGAUGAGGCUUUGAAAAUCCUUCAAAAAACACAGCCCACUUACCCAUCUGUCAAAAGUUCACAAUGCCAAACGGGCUCUUCACCCAGGGGAUCUGGGAAGAAGAAAGAUAUAAAGGAUCUCGUAGUUUAUGAGAAUUCUUCAAAUCCUGUGUGCACGCUGAACGACACAGCUCAGUUUAAUCGAAUGACAGUUGAAUAUGUCUAUGAAAGAAUGACAGGACUCCGAUGGAAAUGCAAGGUGAUUCUAGAGAGUGAAGUAAUUGCAGAAGCAGUUGGAGUGAAGAAAACUGUCAAAUAUGAAGCUGCUGGGGAAGCUGUGAAAACCCUCAAAAAGACCCAGCCGACUGUCAUUAACAACUUGAAGAAAGGAGCUAUUGAAGAUGUGAUUUCAAGAAAUGAAAUUCAGGGUCGCUCAGCAGAGGAGGCUUACAAACAACAAAUCAAAGAAGAUAACAUUGGAAAUCAGCUGCUGAGAAAGAUGGGUUGGACGGGUGGUGGCUUAGGUAAAUCUGGUGAGGGCAUUCGGGAGCCAAUCUCUGUCAAAGAGCAGCAUAAGCGGGAAGGGCUUGGUCUUGAUGUAGAGCGGGUAAAUAAAAUUGCCAAGAGAGAUAUUGAACAGAUCAUCAGAAACUACGCCCGCUCGGAGAGCCACACGGAUUUAACUUUCUCUACAGAGCUGACUAAUGAUGAGCGGAAGCAAAUACAUCAGAUUGCCCAGAAGUAUGGUCUUAAGAGUAAGUCUCAUGGGGUGGGCCACGAUAGGUACCUGGUGGUAGGUAGAAAAAGACGGAAGGAGGAUUUACUAGACCAGCUCAAACAGGAAGGCCAAGUGGGGCAUUACGAGCUUGUGAUGCCUCAAGCAAAUUGAGAUCUUACUAAUUUAUUUUGUAAAUGCCUAAUGAGGCAGAUUUGUGAAUAAAAGAAAUGCUACAUGUUCUGGUUGCAGAGUAUAUUCAUUCUUAAGAUGUUUCACCUUGUUCAUUUCAUAUAGUGCUUUAUUAGAUACUGGAACUUGAAGAAUUCUGUCCACUUGUAUUAGCUUAAUCCAGCAGAUA